AGUAGAGAGAUCUGCUGUAUUUAACAUCUCAAACAAAAUAGUUGGUUUGGAAUAAACUGCAUGCUAUUUUCUGAGAGAAUGAGAUUCCUUGUAUUGUGUAUAAGCUGCCUGUGUCUAUGGCUGGGGAAGCUCAGUGUACUGGUGUCUGCAGACUAUGUGGUACAAGUGGAGAUGCUCUCCUACAGUAAUCCAUCCAACACACGCUCUGAUGGCCGAUGUUGUGAUUCAUUAACUCUUGAACCAUGUAGCGGAGGGGAGCGGUGUGACACCUACUUCAUCUACUGCCUGAGACCACAUGCCAGUACUACUACAGAGUGUCCCAAUACUGCUUCCGGAUUUACUGCAGUCAGUACCACCAAUAUCUUUGAUGGGGCGGACAUUGAUUUCUCACAACCUACUGUACUAGGGCUCCCUAAUCCAUUCAAUCUCACUGGAAUAACGACAGCAUGGGAGGCUGGAGCUGAGCUUUACGUACAAGUGUUUGAUUUUGAUAGCAAUUCGGAUGAUCUUAUUGUAAGGUAUCGAUUUGAUCUAAGUCCCUUAGUGGGAUCGAUAAUCACAUUAUCUACCUCAUCAAAUAACGGAAUGGCUAUUUUUCUGAAUGCUACUGUAUUAUGUGCUCCAUUCUACAUUGGAAGCAGUUGUGAUGUCUUCAAUCAUUGUGAGUCCAAUGCUGUCACAUGCAGUGACCAAGGAAAGUGUACAAAUAAUGGUGAUUCCUUCACCUGUGUCUGUGGUGAACCUGGCUACACUGGUGCUGAUUGUGAGACCAACAUUGAUGAUUGCGUGAAUAGGAACUGCAGUGGAAAUGGUGUGUGUGUGGAUGGUGUCAACUCGUUCAGUUGUGAGUGUGUGUAUGGCUUCACUGGAGAGAUGUGCAGUGUGGAGGAGACACGAGAGACUAGAUCAGAUGAUGCAACAGCUGCUAUAGCUAGUGGAGUGGUGGCGGGACUGUUGGGCAUUGUACUGAUUGCAGUGGUGGUCAUUGUCAUAGUGAUUAUCCUCAAGAACAAGCAAGACACGUAUACAGUAACUGUUAGUGGAGGUGCAGCCAACAAUGACAUACCAUGUCAGAACAACGUGGUAUACGGUGUGUGUGAGAUGACUCAACCCAACACCCUCACUACUGGCCCACCUCCCUCCUCUCUACAAGAGUAUGACUACCCAUUGUGUGAUAUGUCAGCGUCCCUCAAUGACAUACCAUGUCAGAACAACGUGGUAUACGGUGUGUGUGAGAUGACUCAACCCAACACCCUCACUACUGGCCCACCUCCCUCCACUCUACAAGAGUAUGACUACCCAUUGUGUGAUAUGUCAGAGUCCCUCCCACCAGUGUAUGAUAAGGACGAGAAACUCAUGAUAAAUGUAAAUGUUAGCUAUGCACCAAGCGUGAGGAUGACUAGAAUAAACUAUAGCUAGUGAUAUCUAUGAUGAUAGGCAUUUUAUUGUGCAUGUGCAACUUUUGUUUUCACUGAUGCAGUAAUUUUCACUUGACAUUAUAAUUAUUAUACCCUGUGUACUUGUUAUUUCGUUUGUGCACAUAAUAACAUGGAAGUAACCACA